GGGUUAGGGUUUAUGGAGUUGAUGCAUGUUUGAAUGUUUAUCUCUAUUUGAUUGCAUGUUGUAUUGGUUUGAUAACUGAAUGGAUUUCGAGAAAUUGAGAAUGAUCAUCUAAACUGCAAGCUUUUGCUAUUUGCAGAAUAUGUUUAAAAAGGAUUCAUAUAUGGGCUUCACUGAAGUGCAUACGAAAUUGGUGGAGCUUUUCCCAGUGAUUGAUGUUCGAAUUCUCAAAGCUGUUGCUAUGGAGCACCACAAAGAUGCUGAUGCAGCUGCAGCGGUAGUGCUUGAGGAGAUCAUCCCUUAUCUUGAUGAAAAGUCUAGACCAAGUAGUCCUCUGUCGCAGAGCGUUGCUAGUGUUGAAUCAACUCAAGGUACAAUAGCACAUCAAGUUGAAGAAGAAUCAACUCAAUGCUCAGAGUAUUCAAAUGAAGUUGAAAGUUUUUAUGAUGUUGAUGAUGAAAGUGCAUAUGAUGUACAUCGCGAACAGGGAGUUACCUGUGGAUUGACAUUGUCGGAAGUAAGUCUUGAGAAUAGGAUUAAGAUGAGUGGUAGCGUGCACUCUCAAGGUGAACCUACUGUGUUUAUAGGUAUGGAAGGGGUAAAUAUUCUUCAGCCUGAAGGAUCGGGAGACUCUGUAACAGGGGCUGCAAACUCGGGAGAUAAAUGCACGGCUGUUGAUGAAGAAAACAAUGUCGAGAAAUCUUGUGAAGAUGGUAACAGUCCUGUGAAUGAAACUGCUUCAUUGAGUGUUCAUGAUGGAACAGAAAACAGUGUCCAGUUGGUGCAGUUGGUGCAGUUGCCUGACGUAAAUGAAAGUAAUUUAGAGAAAUUAGACGUAGGUUUGUCUAGUGAUACAGUUGGCAUUGAAGACGAGUCUAACUUGACUGCCUCCAUCUCCAAAUCAAAUCAAUUCAAUACCACUGCUGUUGUUGAGCAAUCUAUUGCCGAUGCUGGAAAUAAUAAGCAAAAAAUGUUCUCCGCAAUGGAGUCUGUUGUGAGCUUAAUGAAGCAAGUGGAGCUUAAAGAACAAGAUGCAGAAAAGGCAAAAGAGGAAGCUGCAAUGGGAGGUGUCAAGAUACAGGAAAAGGUUGAAGAGUUUAAAGAAAUGCUGGAGCGUGCACAGGAGGGGAAUGCCAUGCAUGCCGGAGAAAUUUAUGGUGAAAAGGCAAUUCUGGCAACAGAGUUGAAAGAGCUUCAGUCUCGUGUGCUCUCCCUCUCUGAUGAAAGGGACAAAUAUCUCGCAGUUCUUGAUGGGAUGCAUCAAACUUUACAGCUUCGUCUAGCUGCAGCUGAAAACGAAAUAAGAUCUUUAGAGCAGAUAAAACAAGAAAAGGAGAAGCUUGCACUGAAAUCACUCGCUGACCAGGAAUUAAUCAUGGAAAAAGUGGUGCAAGAGUCGCAGAUUCUGAAGGAUCAGGCAGUAGCUAAUGCCAAGUUGCAGAAGUUUCUUCAGGACCGCGGUGAUGUCGUAGACAUGUUGCAAGGAGAAAUAGCUGUAAUAUGUCAGGAUGUGAGGCUACUAAAGGAGAAAUUCGAUGCACGAGUUCCAUUUAGCCAAUCAAUUUCUUCGAACCAGACGAGCUUCAUCUUAGCUUCGUCCAGCUCAUCGUCGAAAAUCCUAAUCCCUGAUCAAGAGGAAUCAGUGCCUGUGGCUGUGGUAGAUAAUUACUUGGAAACUGAACAUAAGAAUGACCAUGAACAGGUCAAUGAACAAGAGGAAUCAGCCAGAUUUGACCGCAAGGCGCUUGUAGAUGAUGGAUGGGAAAUUUUCGACAAGAGUUAUUAAAUUAUUCUACUCACACACUAUCUUUUGAAUCAAUUUUGC